AUGUGGGUCAAGCUCCAUGGGCUUCCAAUGGAAUUCUGGGAGGAAGAUGUUUUUGCAAGAAUAGCUAAUACCUUCGGGGAGCUUAUCGCUAUUGACCAGAUCACGACAUCCAGAAGAAGGUUGAUUUAUGCUAGGAUUUGUGUUGGAGUUGGACCUGACACGAAUAUGCCAGAAGAAAUAGAGAUAGAAUCUAAACUGGGGAAGUGGAAGCAGAAUAUUAUUUUUGAAACUAUCCCCUUUGCUUUUUUUCAUUGUAAAAAAGUUGGACAUUGGGCUAAAAAAUGUCCAAGUAUCGAGGGUAAAACCUACCUCAAAACUAAGGUUUGGAAAAAAGUGGAUAAGCCUCUAAAAGCCUUGGAGUCCAAUGACCCAGAUAAGGAGAAACAUUCUCAGAUUGGAUGGGUGGAGGAAGAAAUCACCAGUGAAGUGGGGAAUGAACUAAAGAUUGAGAUGUUGGAACCAAGUGAUAAGGACUCAGAGCAUAAAGAAAGAGACAACAUUCAACAAGAGGAUCUGGAAAAGGAUAAGGCAGAGUUAGUCUUAGAUAAAAGUGAGAGUAAAGUAGGUCAAAAGCCCUUAGAUAACAAAGAGGAAGGAGACAACUUUAACCUUGUUGCAAAAUCUCAUGAUCCAGAUAAAGAAUUAGACUGGCUCCAGGAGGCUCAACCUGAUAACAUCCUGGGCCAAGGGCUAUCGAAAAUCUCAUUAGCUACCCUGGCAAAAGCUAUUGCUAGAGUUACGGUUGGUGACAAGCCCUUGGCUGAACAUGUUAAAGAAUUGGUCGUUGUUCUGCAUAAAGUAGAAGCUAUUGAAUGUAUGGUUGGAAAAAUCAUGGCUACGGAACAAAGGUCAAUGAGAUGGGAGAUAGAAAGGAAAUGGAAAUCAAAAUGA